AUGAGACUCACAACCAAUUUCCUACUUCUUGCUGUCUCUCUCGGUGCCGUACAGGCAUCGUGGUUUGGUCAAGACAAGAAGAAAGAGCCAGAAUAUCACGCAUGGACAUCCUCCGAGCUCACGGACUGGCUCGCAUCCCGGCAGGUACCCAUCCCUACGGCCACCCCAGGGCCUUCUCUCGCAGAGCUCCACUCCCUCGUCUCAGCACACUGGGACUCGGCCACAUCCACCGCGAGUGCUUGGUCUGCCGAGCAGACACAAUGGGCCGCAGACCAAGCCGGCUCCGCGCAUCAAGCAUUCUUCGACACCUACAGCAAGCUCAAACAGGACACGUUCGACACAUGGGAUGAGUCGCGCCUGCGCGAGUUCCUCCUUGAACAAGGCGUCGUCAGCCCUAGUGGCCCGCGCGAGCAGCUCGCCAUGCUUGCCAAGCAGAAGUGGACGCAAGCGAGCGGCGCGGCUUAUGCGUAUAGCCAGAGUGCAAGCUCGCUUGCUGGCGACGCGAGCCAGAGCGCCAGCAGUCUUGGUUCCAGCGCGAGCAGGGCGGCCAGCACGGCCAUAUACGGCGACUCCGUGCACCAGGCAAGCAAGAGCGCUGUCAGCCUAGGCACAAAGGCGAGCAAGAGCGCGUCGAGCGCCGUGAGUGGGGCGACAGAGACCGUAGCUCAAACAUUGGACGACUCGAAAGACUAUAUUUACUCAACUUGGGACGACAACUCGCUGCGAGGGUAUCUAGAGUCCAAAGGUGUGCUUCAGCCGGAGCAAGUGGCGUCGCGGAACCAGCUGCUGCAGUGGAUGCGCGACGCAUACGCUGCCGCGGCUAACCCGAUCUGGGAGGCAUGGAGUGACUCGUAUAUUCACGAUUGGCUUCUCAGACAUGGGAUCAUUCGAUCCGGAGCGCAGAAGAAGCGCGACGAGUACCUCUCACUGAUGAAGGAGUACUACUACGGCCCGCAGGAGACAAUACAUUCGUCCUGGGACGACUCGCACAUGAAGCAGUGGCUCGUGGAACAUGCCAUUAUCAAGAGUGAUGCACAGCUAAAGAGGCAGAAGCUCGAGAAGUUGCUUGCUGACAAUUAUGCGAAUGCACAAGACACAAUCUGGGGUGCAUGGGAUGACUCGGCCAUGAAGGCAUGGCUCGUCGAGCACGGCUACAUCCGUAGCGACGCGCAAAAGACGCAUGAUGAGCUUUUGAAGCUGAUGCAGGACAAAUACUCUGAGUACAACGCACGUACGGCACCGUACCUUGUCUGGCCCGAUGCACGUCUGCGGGCAUACCUUCGCGAACACAGCCUGUCAGAGGACGCGCUCCCAACGAGCCGUCCGGGUCUGCUGCAAGAGGUGCGCAUCCGCUACGUACAGACUACUGGGCGCGCGGAGGCGCUCUUCGGCCGUGUCAAGGACGUGAUCAACGGCGGUGUCGAGGCUGCAGAGGAUAGGCUCGGAAAGGUCCUCGAUGUCUUGACAGGAAGCGCGGAGCACGCGAGAGAGAGGACAGGCGAGGGGAUGCAGGAGGGCGGGCAGAGGCUGAAGGACGCGGGCGCGAAAGUGUCGAAGACUGAGCUGUGA